UGGGGCGUCGGCUCAGUGACAUCCGGAUGAACGACUUUGGUGCGCUCGUCAUCGACCUCGACUUUGUCAAGCUCAUUAACCUCUUCUGCAUAUUCUCCAUAUCCAUCCGACUCAUCCAGUUGCGCGCUUUCUUGAGUCGCGUGGCUCUCUUGUGCUGAUUCCGGGGCGAUUUCCUGCUCCAGUUCGUUGAGAUAGUCAUAUGCAGCUGUAUCUUGCUGCGUAUGUGCCCCCUCGUCACGAGCCACCUCAGCCUCUGUUGCAGCUGCGUCUUCGUGGACAUUCUCGUUGCUCUGAAGGAUGUCAUCAAACUCCUCCAGCCCAUAUUCCUGCGCAGUCUGCCCAGUCUGCAAGUUGUCUUCGACGGUGGGGUACGCUGGCUGUUCUGCAUCCAAUGGCUGCAGAUCUUGCGCCUGGGGCUCCUCGGCAAGUUCAUGAGGCUUCUCGGAGUGUUCUGCAUAAUCGUGGAUGCUGUGUACUGCAUGUCCUUCAUGUUCUUGGAGUCCGUCCACUACACCGGCAAGCUCCUCAACUUCAUGUGCAGCACCACCGAUAGCGGCGGUGUCACUGUCGAUCCCCAUCGCCUCCAGGUCGAACUCAUCCAAAGCUGAGUUUUCUUGUCCAGUCCGGGGCUGUGUCGCCUCGGACUCUGCCUGAUUGGCUAUCGGCUCACUCGAAACAAAGUGCUCCUCAAGAUCGCUUGAACUUGGCUUUUGAUCCACGCUUGUUGGCUCCCGAUCUUCUUUGGUGGUCGGUGCCACUGAGCUGUCAGCUUGAGUUUCGGCUGCAGCGUCAGCCAGAUUCGCCUCUGCAAACUCUUCGUCGCCAUACUGGUCGUUUUCAGCCCCUCUCUGUUCACGAUCGACAUUGUCCUCUCCAGAUACCAGCUCUGAAGUCGACUGAGUUUGCUGUGCCUCAACGUCCGCGAUCAGUGCGUCGAGUUCGUCUUGGCUUGUAUGCUCCUCCUUCACUUCAGACCGCGGCUCGAGAGACAGGGCUUCGUCACGGGUAUUACCUGCUGUGUCUUUUUCCG